ACGUGUCAUGUGAUCGACUCUUGGAGAUACACUGAACAAACCUGAAAAUAAUUUUCUUUUCGUUGUUUGGUAGAUCGGUGUUGUGAGGUCGUCGUUUUUGCUUUUUACGGAGUCGGCGAUGCAGAACGUGAUAAACUCCGUUAAAGGCACUGCUUUGGGAGUGGCUGAGUUCCUCACUCCUGUUCUGAAGGAAUCCAAAUUUAAAGAGACCGGCGUUAUUACCCCAGAAGAGUUUGUUGCAGCUGGUGAUCACUUGGUCCAUCACUGCCCGACGUGGAAAUGGGCCUCUGGGGAGGAAGUCAAGGUGAAACCAUAUCUGCCCCAGGAUAAACAGUUUCUUCUAACGCGCAAUGUUCCCUGUUACAAACGCUGCAAACAGAUGGAGUAUUCAGAUGAACUGGAAGCCAUCAUAGAGGAAGAUGAUGGAGAUGGGGGCUGGGUGGACACAUACCACAACUCAGGUGUGCUCGGAGUCACGGAUGCUGUACGAGAAAUUUCAUUGGACAGCAAGGACAAGAAUAUGAAUACCACUCCUGCAGCAUGUUGUAAUGAUAAUGAUGACAAUGAUGAUGAUGAUGAUGAUGAAGAUGGAGAAGCAGCAGAUAUGGAAGAAUAUGAGGAAAGUGGUCUGUUGGAAACUGAUGAGGCAACCUUGGAUACCAGCAAAAUAGCAGACUCAAAAGCCAAAACGGAACCUGGGAGUGAAGAUGCCAUUCUUCAAACAAGAACAUAUGACCUGUACAUUACAUAUGAUAAAUACUACCAGACUCCUCGACUCUGGCUCUUUGGAUACGAUGAAGACAGGCAGCCCUUGACUGUGGAGCAGAUGUACGAGGACAUCAGUCAGGACCAUGUGAAAAAGACUGUUACCAUUGAGAACCACCCCCACCUUCCUCCUCCUGCCAUGUGCUCUGUCCACCCUUGCAGACAUGCUGAAGUAAUGAAAAAGAUUAUUGAGACUGUUGCAGAGGGAGGAGGAGAACUGGGAGUGCAUAUGUAUCUUCUGAUUUUCCUGAAGUUUGUCCAGGCUGUCAUUCCUACAAUAGAAUACGACUACACAAGGCACUUCACCAUGUAGCUUUAUUACUGUACGUUUGCCUCUGCAGACAAAAUAUCUUUGGAAAGAAUGUUUCUUCUACACCACAGCUGAUAUUUUCUUUGGUUUGGUUCAUCUGAUUAGAAUUGGUUUCUGGGAUUGUUGUAUUACUCUGACAUCGGACAGUAACUAUGUUCAAGAUACAUGUGACAAAGCUUGAGGUUACACAAUGAUGUUUCAUGCAGCUUUUAUAACCCAAAAUUACUCGAACCUCCACAGGCCAGAUUGAAUUUGUGUUCAGACAUGGCAAUAAAAUGCGACUGCUGUUUUGAGUUUUAUAUCAUACAAUGUGAAUAAAUAAAGAUGUGCA